UUUUUGUCGAGUAAUUGUAGAAAAAUGCCAGCAAUAAGAAAAAGUAAGAAAGUAAAGGCAACUAGCAAGCAAUAUGAAACUCGAUCGGUUAGCAAGAAGCGUUCAAAAACAAUUGAAAUAAUUGAAGAGGAUGUUGAUACAAAAAAGAUUGAGGAUCUAAAACUUGUUGCCAGCUUCAUCAAUUGGUCGAAUUAUGAAAAAAUGUUGGGAAGAAUUUUUUAUGAUAAAGUUGGGAAGAUUCUGGAGCAAAAAGUGGAUGAAUUUCAAAAGAUUAAAACUGAGCUGAAAACUUUUAUACGGGAAAAUUAUGCAAAUCAAAAGGCUUUGCAAACGCCAAAAAGGGCCAAGCCAGCCACUGCUUUACUUGAACAAAUUAGCAAAUUCAAACAAUUGAAUUUUGAUUCGGAUGAUGAAUAUUUGGAGGAUACAACUCUUUUAGAUCAGCCUGAGCAGUUAAAAGAAAAUGAAGAAGAACAGAAGGAGAAAGAGCCUCCAACUGAUCCGACUGUAGAAGGACACAUUUUUGAAGAAGAACAUCCUGUUGAAGAAGAAAUGCAAGAACAGCCUCCACAGGGACAUAUGGAAGGAGAGCCUCCACAUGAGCCGGAAUCCACUUUUGAGCAAGAAAAAGAAGUUUUAGAAGAACAGAUGGAGAAAGAGCCUCCACAGGAACAUAUGGGUGAAGCGUUUCCAAAUGAGCCGGAACCCUUUGUUGAGCAAGAUGACAGAAGCAUUUUAUUUGUGCCAGAGACUCCUUUUGCGUCUCGCUUUCCUAUCAAUGCUCACUCGGGCGGUGUUUCUUCAACUCCAGCUACUCCAUGCAGUCCAAAAUUGAAGAUGCUGGGAACUCCAAAAGAAAUUGUUGGCUCAAUGAGAAAGUUGGCAAUUACAAAUGAACUCGUGAAAAGUGCCCAACAAGCAAUUCAAAUGCCUCCAAUUCUUCGUCUUACUCCUAAUGCUGUUGCUACACCAAAAAAGAUCCAGUCCAAGUUUCCAACAAAGAUUCCUGUUAAAACGCCUGUGGCCAUCGAUAAGACGUUGCAGAAGGUACACAAAUUGAAACAGAUUGAUGAAAAAGCAGAUCAGGCGAAGAGAGCUCGUGAAGAUUUGUUAAGAGAGAAGGCUGAUCGGGCAAAGAGAGAACGAGAAGAGCGUGCUAAACGGGUUGAACAAAAUAACAAAAAGAAAGAAGAAGCCAGACUUGAACGUGAAAACAAUGUUCGGAAACAUUUGGAGGCUGUCAAAGAAUUUCAAAAUAAAGAAUUACAAAACAAUUUUGCCUCUCCGAAUAUGCCAGUUCGGAUCCUUCAACCUUUGAGUGUUCAGAGUAAAGCAAACAAAACACCAAUUAUGAAGAAUAUUCCUGCAAGUAAGGCUAAAUCGAAGGAAGCUCAUCAAGAACAAAAUUGUGUGGAUAACAAAUCCACUCAAACAUCAAUUCCUCAUUUAAUAUCGGAAGAAGAAUGCCCAUUACAAAUUAAAACUACCACGACAUCUGUUCUUAUUGUUCAGGAAUCUUAUUUAGAAGAGAAAGAAAAUGCUAAAAUUGUUGAGGAUGAAAAUUUGGGUUCUAAUUUCCAGGAGGAAUGUGUUAAUGAGGAUAGUAUGAAUGAAUUGGAGCAAAUUAGUGUUUAUGAUAUGACAAAAGAAAAAAUAUUUUUGCCAAGUACUGAAACUAAUUAUAUUGUGGAUGAUUUGUCGUCUGGCGAUGAAACUGAUAAUGAUGAACAACCAAGAAAAAUUGUUCCAAAAUGGGCAUUAAAAGAAAAUAUUUUGGAACGAACACAAAAAAUCCAUCAUUUAAUAACUAAAGAUCAAAUUGAACAUCAUUUUGGGAAAAUUCGUCAGCCUACAAUACAGGAUUUGUUUGGGGGAUAUUGCAAAGAUUAUCCUCCACGGCGUGCUUCUUCCGCACUUUGGAAUUCGCCAAUGUCUGAUCCAACUCCUGGCAUUGGUCUCUAUCAAUCUAAGUUUGCUACAGCAACAAAUGUUAAAGCCCAUCCCAAAAAGCGUUGA